CCGCGUUAGUCAGUCAUGGGGCGGCCGCCCAGAGCCGCCGCGGGGGCGGCGGGGCUCGGGGCUCGGGGGUCCGGCUGAGCCGGCCGCGGAUAGCGAGCCUGCCGCGAAGGCGACGGAGGCGGACGCGGGGCGACCCCGGCGGCAGCGGCGGCGGGGGAAGCGGGAGCCGCCUGGGAUGUUCAAGAACCCUUGGAGCAGCAAGACUUAAAGGGGAAGAGCUCAGACCCAGCAGCCAGGUGACCCAAGCACCCCUCUUGGCACUGUGGACCCCACGGCACCUGUCUGACUUCUGUGAGCCUCAACUUUCUCAUCUGAGGAAUGUUCCCUACCCUAUAGGUCAUGAAACGGGUCCGCACGGAGCAGAUCCAGAUGGCCGUGUCCUGCUACCUCAAACGCCGGCAGUACGGGGACGCGGACGGCCCGCUGAAGCAAGGCCUGCGGCUGUCGCAGAGCACCGAGGAGAUGGCUGCCAGCCUCACAGUCCAAUCCGAAUCUGGUUGUACUAACAUAGUGUCCGCAGCCCCUUGCCAGGCAGAGCCCCAGCAAUAUGAAGUACAGUUCGGACGGCUGCGGAAUUUUCUCACUGAUUCUGACUCCCAGCACAGCCAUGAAGUGAUGCCUCUCCUCUACCCUCUCUUUGUCUACCUCCACCUCAACCUGAUCCAGAAUAGUCCGAAGAGCACAGUGGAAAGCUUUUACAGCCGCUUCCAUGGAAUGUUUCUGCAGAACGCCAGCCAGAAGGAUGUCAUCGAGCAGCUCCAGACCACUCAGACCAUACAGGACAUCCUGUCUAACUUCCGGCUGCGAGCCUUCCUGGACAACAAGUACGUGGUUCGUCUGCAGGAAGACAGCUACAACUACCUUCUCCGCUACCUCCAGAGUGACAACAACGCCGCGCUGUGCAGGAUCCUCGCCUGGCACAUCCAUCUGGAUGUGCAGCCCGCCAAGAGGACGGACUACCAGCUCUACGCCAGUGGUGGCUCCUCCCGCGGCGAGGGUGGUGGCCUGGAGCCCGCCGACAUGCCAGCGCCCAUCCUGCAGAAUGAGGCUGCACUGGAGCUCCUGCAGGAGAGCAUCAAGCGCGUCAAGGACGGUCCCCCUUCCCUCACCACCAUCUACUUCUACGCCUUCUACAACACAGAGCAGCUGCUGAACACUGCAGAGGUCUCCCCAGAUAGCAAGCUGCUCGCAGCAGGCUUUGACAACUCCUGUAUAAAACUGUGGAGUCUGCGUUCUAAGAAGUUAAAGUCCGAACCCCAUCACGUAAAUGUGUCCCGCAUCCACUUGGCUUGUGAUUUCCUAGAGGAGGAGGAUGACGAGGACGACAACGCAGGCACGGAGAUGAAGGUCCUGCGGGGACACUGCGGGCCAGUGUACAGCACCAGGUUCCUCGCGGACAGCUCGGGGCUGCUCUCCUGCUCUGAGGACAUGUCCAUCAGGUACUGGGACCUGGGCAGCUUCACCAACACCGUGCUGUACCAGGGCCACGCCUACCCCGUGUGGGACCUGGACAUCAGCCCGCAGAGCCUGUACUUCGCCAGCGGGUCCCACGACCGCACAGCCCGGCUGUGGUCAUUUGAUCGGACGUACCCACUGCGAAUCUACGCCGGGCACCUGGCAGACGUGGACUGCGUCAAGUUCCACCCCAAUUCAAACUACUUAGCCACGGGCUCAACCGACAAAACGGUGCGGCUGUGGAGCACUCAGCAGGGGAACUCGGUGAGACUCUUCACGGGCCACCGCGGCCCUGUGCUCUCCCUGGCUUUUUCCCCCAACGGUAAGUACCUGGCAUCGGCGGGUGAGGACCAGAGGCUGAAGCUGUGGGACUUGGCGUCCGGGACCCUCUACAAAGAGCUGCGGGGCCACACGGACAACAUCACCAGCCUCACCUUCAGCCCAGACAGCAGUCUGGUCGCAUCCGCGUCCAUGGACAACUCCGUGCGUGUCUGGGACAUCCGAAGCGCGCACUGUAGCACACCCGCCGACGGCUCGUCCAGCGAGCUCGUGGGCGUCUACACCGGCCAGAUGAGUAAUGUGCUGAGUGUGCAGUUCAUGGCCUGCAACCUCCUGCUGGUGACUGGAAUCACACAGGAAAAUCAGGAACAUUGAUUUGGAUCUUUGAUAUGACAGACUGGGGCGUGCGAAGGGCUCCAUAUGGCAAGUCUUAGGACAGACGGAAUCACUGACUGACUGUGAAAGACUCCCCAUGUCCCCCCUUACCCUGCAGAUGUCCUGAAACCACCACUCUCCACUUAGCCCCGAAGUGUGGAAGGAUAGGGGCAGGAAGGGUGGUGAUGGGGAGCAAAUGUGAGAUAGGAAUCACGGAGAUCCCACUGUGUCCUCGUGUGGCCUCUCCCUAUCUCUGGCGCCAAGGUGCCCUUGCCUCGCUGGGGCUGCACUUGACCUGAGGAUGUUUGCCAGGCACCCUCCCCGGGAGCAGUGCCACAGGGUCACUGGGUGGGAGGGACUCUACACAGGUAGGAAAGUGGGAGUGAGAAUUAGGAAAGGGGGCAGGGUCAUCCUGGCAAACGUCUUUCCUUUUCUGUGAUUACAAAGAACCAGGAUUUUUUAUUAUUGUUAUUAUAAUUAUUAUUGAGAAGAGGAAACCUAGCACUGGCAGAGGGGGCCUUCUCUGCUCUCAUCUUUCAGGUUUUACUCCUGGCACUGGCUGUGAUACUUGGAAUUUUGAGGUUCAGGGAAUUCAGAGAACUUGGUCGCACAGUGUAUUGGGAGAAAGGGAAAAUUCCUGGGUGACAGUUGGAUCACUCCAGCUGACAUGCUUCUAGAAGUGGGUGGGCGGAUUUGACUGAGAAAGUCUUGGGCUCUUACAGCAAUGGUGGGAAAGAAAGAGUCUUUUUGUGGCUGCACUUCUGUUAACAAUAUUCUUCCCCGAAAGGACAGAUUGUGGUAAAGAAACGAAAAUAAUUAGAAGUGAAAAGUCAAAAGAAAGAAUUAAAAAAUGUUGAAUUUCCCAAUGAUUCCGAGGUGUGGCUUUUCCAGCAUCUUUUCCUCCUGAGAUCAUCCCUCCCACCUGCUUUGCAAUAGCAGUUUAAUGAACAGUCUGUGAAACAAAUCUUAAGUACGAACACACACAUCGAAAACUAUGCUCUGAGGAUGAAGCGACUUUAAUCUGUGGGAAAAGGAUUAAAUAUUUCUGUUUUCUGAAAAGAGUUAUUUUGUAUUUUGUUUUCUAUUAAAAUGUGUUUAGUUUCCAAAAAAGUGUUGGCAUCUCUUUUAACAGGCGGGUGUGUGGGCUGUUGGAAGGCACGGGUCACCUCUCUUUGGAGUGACAGCCAGUUGUGCAGACUGGACUCCCCAGCUGCCCUCCUGUCUCCCCUUGUAUUGUGUUCAGCUGGCUUCAAAUUGCGUUUCUUCUUGGCAUUCACAGGGAUUAUUGAAAGCAUUUAACACUUUUUUACACAUCCAAGCUUGCCAGUUGCUGACCAGAGAUGACAUAUAUUUUUCUACCUGUAGUUAUUUGGUGAGAUCCUACUUCAGUAAAGAUUCCAUGAUAAAAUCCCUAAGGGGCAUUACAAAUGAUGUCACUUAACUAACUCAAACCAUUUAUUGUACCAUUUCAGGUAAAGGACUUAUUUAAAGAUGUAAAUGAUGUGUGAAUUUUUUUAAUGUACUUUUAAAACAUAAUUUUCUGAAAAGGACACUAGAAUUCUUUGCCCAGAAAGUUUUUUUUUAACUUGAGCCUAAAAUAUUAAUUAACAGGAAAUGUUUCUUAUUCAUAAAAACUCAUGUAUUUGAGACAUUGUAAGAAAUCUUUGGCAACUUAGCCAGACAGCAUCACCUUCCACGUGGUCUGCUGGUAAAGGCUGGGAUUCAGAUGUGUUCUUAUCUAUAAUAAAUGAGCUCUUAGAUUGUGUGGUUUAUUGCUAGAAACCAUGAAUUCCUAAAUUGAGCUGAAUCAUUCUCAGAAGUGAAAAUAUCACUAAUUUUAGGUUUCAUGUUUAUUUUUUAAUGCAGAAUUUCUUUGAUUAAACACAAAAAUGCCUUAGUUUGGUCAGCCUUCAUACUACAGAUCACAUACACACUGUGAUUUCAUUUCAGGCUCUUAAUGAUAUGCAUCUUGGGCCCUUUUCUUUUCUGGAUUAAUUUUAAUGUAGAGUAAUUUAACUUUAUAGAAUGCCCUUAUUUUCCCAGAAUCUUAGAAAUAUUGUAAGAGUCUAUAUGUGUCCUUAUGUCCACAAGGUGCCUAAAAACAUGGUUACACUCAACUCUUCAGGUUCCUUUCUUAUAUUGUUUUAUCUUCAGAGCAAUCCUGUGAGGCAGAUAGGACUAGAGAUAUUACCAGUUUGUAGAUGAAAUACUAAGAUACCUGGAAGAACUGUUUUAUCUGUACCCAACAUGGAAUAGUCACGUAUCAGAUGGGUUAUAGAGAGGGUCUAUAUUUCAGACCUUCCAAGUUCUAGAUAAAGGAUAUAGCCCUAAAGAUAGAAAAACUUAAAGAACUCUGAAAAGGAAAUAUAAAUUAUUUAAAAGGCAUGUAUAUAGUGCCUUCUGUCUGCCAGAAACUCCAAUUACUUUAUGAAAAUUAAUUUAUCUCCAUAACAUCUCUGUGAGUUAAGUGCCAUUUUUAUCCUCAUUUUACAGAUGAAGACUCUGAGGCACUGAAGGGUUAAGUAAUGUGCCAAGGGUCAUCGGCUACAGCUGAUAACUGAUGAGGUCAGAAUCCGAGCUAGGCAGUCUGGCUCAGGGCCCAUGCUUCGUGCAGUUUCCCUUCAUCCCCACAGAACCAGGUAGAGAGUGGCCUCAGGUCUGUAGUGACAGUGUUCCUGGCAAUAGUUAAAAGACUCAUGCUUUUCUCCGUCAAGUCAACAAUAAGCAGGAUCAAGAACUGGCAGUAGGAAAAAACGUAAUAUAUAGAUAAAAGACACCUGAGAAUAUGAAGUUAUUUUAAAACACAAUGAUAAAUUUUGUAAAUGUAAGGUGGGGGAAAAAAAAAGCUGAAAUUUCUUAGAAAAAUCUCUGUAAUUUAGCCAAAUUACGGAGACUGACCAAAAGAGCAAAAAUUAGGAUGAAGUAAUGAAAGACAUAAAACAGGAAACAAUUUAAAAUUAUGUUCAAGAUCCAGCUUCUAAGGAUAUCCAUGAUUCCUAGUUAUUCAUUUGUUUUAUGCCUGUAUUUAAAAUGUCUUGGUUGUAUUAAAAAAAAAAAAAAACCUACAUAUGUAGCCUUCUGAUUUUGCUAUUGCCCAGAUUGGUAUUAAGUAUAUGAAUUAAAAGAUUAGUCUAUA